AUGUGUCUUCCUAAUUUAUCUGAGCAAGCAAAAAAUGGAUUAUUUGUCGCGUUUUCUAGAUCUAAUUCAUUUGGAGUAUUAGAACACAAUACAUUAUUAGAUGCUUUAGCUUAUUCUAUGAAAGGUUUAAAUCUUUUCGAAUACGAUAAACUUGG